AUGGUUGUUCGGAAUUCGUCCGCUGUCAUUGAAGAAGUCAAAUUCCUCGCCUUUCAGACAACUGGUUGCGUAGUUGCUUACUACUAUUGCGAGUACAAACGGAAUGAGACCCAAAGUUUGCACAAUAUACUUGGGUCCCUUCUUAACCAAAUAUGUGCCAGCUCCGAACAGGCUUUCGAGGAACUACUUAAACUGUACGAAAAAUGCAACGAACCUACUCAUCCCACUCUCCCCACCAAUGAUGACCUGGCAAAACUUCUGAAACGAGUUUCGAGGUAUUUUGAUAGCGUCAUGGUAGUUGUUGAUGGUCUAGAUGAGUGUUUGUCCUCAGAAGAAAGGUUCAAGCUCCUCAAGAUUCUCUCAAUACUCAAUGAACCAGAGUAUGGAAAUGUCAAGACCAUCUGUACCAGCCGCGACUUGAUAGAUAUCAGAGAACAGCUCACAAAGUUUGACAAAAUUUCUAUCGCUGCUCGUGGGGAUGACCUGGAGCUAUUCGUAACCGCAGGGAUCGAGCAGCGUAUCGAAAACAAGAGUCUUCGUUUAAGAGAUCCGUUGUUGAAAGAAACUAUUGUAAACACUAUCGUCGCCAAAGCCAACGGGAUGUUUCAGUGGGCAAAAUGUCAGCUUGAUCAGCUAUGUCAUUUGAGCACAGACAAAGAACGUCGAAAAGCACUUGAAGCCCUGCCGAAGGAUCUGUUUGAAACAUACGAGAGAAUCCUAGACAGGGUCAAUGACGGGCCAAAACAGAUCAUAAAAAUGGUCGAGAAAGCCCUACGUUGGUUGACAUUUGCAAAGAGGCCAUUGACCAGUAUUGAAGUUGUCACUGCGAUAGCUGUUGAAUUCAAUUCAGAAUCUGUCGAUCAGGAUAACGUACCAGAUGAGGACAGUCUCUUGUGGUGGUGUAGCAGCCUAGUCACCCAAGACGAGCGUACCGGAUCUUUGACGCUAUCCCACUUCACAGUGAAAGAGUUUCUCAUGGAUAAAAGGCUAUUUGAAAUUGCACGCCUCCGUGGAUAUUAUCUCGAUACCGAAGUUUCACACCAUAUCUUAGCAAAGGUCUGCUUAACUCAUCUUGGCUUCAAGACUUUCUCGCAGUUCCAGUUCAUUAAGCAACGAAGCGAGGACAGAAGAGAGAAGUACCCGCAGUACCCUUUACUGAUAUAUACGGCUUGCUAUUGUCACUAUCAUUAUAUGCUAGGUUCUAAAGACUAUUCCCUUAUUGAUUUGAUGUGCCGGCUCUUCCAUCCUAACAAGUCUCCAGUCUUUGCUUUUUGGCAAGAUGAGUACCUCACUCAUUGGAAAGUAGAGAGGAACCCAAAAUCUGCGUCGACUCUACAAUUUGCAGCUAGGCUCAGACUUACUGAAGUUUGUGCUUGGCUAGUGAAACAAGAAGGAGUUGACGUCAAUUCCCAAAAUACCAUUCUUGGCACGCCCCUCGUGUGUGCAAUACAAGGAGACAAGUUUCAUUGGGUCGUUUAUGGACAAGGAACUACUUCUACCUUUGAAACAGUCCGAGUAUUACUUGAUGCUGGAGCUCUUGCAACCCCAAGUACAGUAUUAAGGCAAUACUCCGCCCAAAGGGAAUACAUAACUGUCACACCUAUGUCUGUAGCCAUGGACACUUUUGACACAAAUCUAGACUUUGGUGUUGAAGUUUUCAAACGUCUAAUGGAUGCAGAUUGUAUCUCUUCCUUCGCGUCUUCUUCAUUCUGGCAUCAUUCGGAAUCUCAUGAAGACAAUUCCGAAAUAGCGUCGCUAUUUAUGUGGACGCUAAAGCAUAAAAACGUUUCAAAGUUGGACAACGAUUCCAAAGAAAAGAUGGUUUCCUUCAUUGCUCGAACCACCGAUUUCAGUGAGGAUGAGCGUGUCUCUGAUGGGAAAUUAUAUGACGAGAUAUUCCAGUUCACAGAUGCAACUACCGAACUAAUUAAAUCGGCAGCCGAAUAUGGCCAGAUCGGUUUGAUAAAGGAUCUUAUUAAGAAUAAGACAGAUGCUAAAAUCCUUUGCAAAGGAUUACCUAUUGCAGCUUAUGAGGAGUUAUCCGAGAUAGUAGAUGCGUUAUUACAGUACUGCCCCCGCAGUGAUCCGGUUGUGAUUCGAGAGGUUUACAAAGCAUGGAUUACUGCUUCAUCCCAAGGGAACAUACAACUGAUGGAGAUGUUUAUCGCAUACGCCAUAGAUGUGAAUUACAUAGUGGAGGAAGAAGAAUCAUCUGGGGCCGAACUUGACCCUGCAUUCCAAAAACCACCUUGUAUAUUCAGACAAACGACUGAAAUCUCGGGGACGAUCACGAUAAAAACUACCGCCUUAGCUACCGCUGUUCGUCAUCGGCGAUAUAGAGUGGUUGAGUUUUUGUCGAAUCUCCCCGGUGUAGAUUUUAUCGGCAAAGAUAUUGGAUACAACCUAGUACACCUCGCCGUGACAGGACUGGGAUGGCACAAUGUGUAUGAUAUUGUGGAUUUGUUGCUUAAAAAGGGUGCCAAUCAUACGGAGGUCACGGAAGAUGGCCGCGGAACACUUCACCACCUGGUAGGCUGCCUGUACCAAAAGUACCCGUACUUCUUCCCUGAAAGAGAAACAGUCGUAGAUGAUGUAUGGGAAGCAGUCAAGGUCCUGCGGUUCUUUAUCAACGAAGGUUGCGCUGUGAACGCAGUCGAUCAUGCUGGCAACACCCCACUUCAUACAUAUUUGGCCAUGGUUGACACCACGCAUGGCAAGCACGAUGAAGUCGUCCAACUUCUUCUAGGGAAUGGUGAAGUAAAGUCCAUACAAAGGGAAGAUGGAUACCUACCACUGCACCUAGCUAUACAACAAGGUCGAUCGUCAGAGACCAUCCGGUUGUUACUCCCGAAUGAUUUUUCACACCCGCAGUGGACUAACGCGAGAGGGACUCUUAUACAUUUGGUUACUGAAAGUGGAUAUCCCAAGGAUGACGGUCGUGCAAUUAAUAUGCUUAAGAUUGUCACUGACAUUGAGGGGGUUGAUAUAAAUGCACGUAACUCUCUUGGUGACACACCCCUAAUCAGCAUCUCUCGAGGAAAAGGAAACCUAUCUACUUCAUCGAGGGCCCAUGCAUUAUCGAUGCUCCUAGCCAAGGGUGCAGACGUCAAUGCAACCAAUUUAGAUACUCGGUCCGCUUUACAUUUUCUCGCUCAAAGUGGAUUCUGGCCGGGUAUCGUCGAGGUCCUUCGCCACAAUCCAAAAGUGUACGUUAAUAAUGGCGAACAUAAAUCUUGGUCACCCUUAUCUCUAGCAUUUUUGGGAGGCCAUGUUGAUGCUGUACGCCUGCUAUUGAAUCAUAAAAAUAGUCGCUGUGACAAUGACCAACCAAGUAGCUCUUCGGAAACCGAUUGUUGGACUGGGGAUGGGUUCCAUCCUCUGCAUGUGGCAUCAUUCUUUGGAAAACGCGAUAUCAUCUCACUAUUGAUAGAGAAAGGAGAGAUCACAGACAUAAAUGUGCGAACUCGAGAUCACUUCGCCGGUACUGCCUUGCACAUUGCAGCAUUUCACGGUCAUUUUCCGACUGUUGAGGUAUUAAUCGAUUUUGGCGCGGAAAUUGACAGCUUGAAUGCCGUCAUGAGCACCCCACUACACAUAUCUGCAAGUCAUAGUUCUGGUGAUAUCGCAAGGCUCUUGAUCAGGAAAGGAGCCCGACCUGACCUUGAGAAUAUGGAUGGACUUAUGCCAUGGAUGGAAGCUGCUCUGCAUGGGCAUACAGAGCUCAAGGACUAUUUAUUGAAAUGCGCAAAUGAGUUUCUACCCACGGGUGAGAGUCUAGGCUUAGAACCCACCGGGACAAACGAUAAUCACUUCUCUGGACUUGAAAUGGCAACCUACCCACCGGCGCCGCCACCCAUCCCUAAAACUGCAAAGGACAAGCUUCUUGGCCCCGAGACCGAAGUUCAAGGCUUCUCGCGGCUGAUGAUAAAGGCCGUGGAAACAAACAAUCCAAAUAUUUGCAAAGUACUCAUGGAAUCUGGAGGAGACCCAAAUGCGCCAUUAAAGUCUGACGCAUCGACUGCUCUUCACAUUGCAUGCGAGUCAAAGUCACUAGACGUAGUAAAACAACUUCUGAACCUAGGCGCUCGAGUAGAUGUGAAGGACAAAUUCGGCGAUUCUCCUGUCCAUAUAGCAGCCUUGGGGAACUCAACGGAUAUCAUACGAGAGCUUGUGAAUGCCGGAGCCAACAUAUUUGCCCGGGGUAAUUGGAUGCAGACUCCUUUGCACUUGGCUAUCCAGAAAGGUCAUCUAGAAGCUGUUCAAGCCAUAUUCGACAUUGUUGAGUCCGAACAGACCGAGAAAGCAAUAAUAGCGCAGCCUAAGAGACUCGACAUCCGGCCCAGUGACUUUGAAGAUCGUGAGCCUGGAACAACGGAUGAACGCGAUACAGUCCAAGUUGAAAAACUACUCGAGGCAAGGGACGAAUAUAGAAGGACACCAUUGGGCUAUGCUAUUCGGUAUAAAGACUUAGCUAUCGCUAAAUAUUUAGCAGAACGAGGCACAAAUGUAGCCAACAAACGCCUGUUUGGGAGUACCAAUGACGAUGUUCUCUGUGAUGCAGGAACUUUUUCAGACAAAGAAUUCAUUGGAAUUCUUCUUUCGAGAGGAUUAGAUAUCAAUUCUUCGACUUCCGAAGGACUCACGUGUCUUCAUAACAUUGCCGAGAGAGAAAACGCAAACGAGGAAGAACUUAUCGGCCUCACGGAUUUCCUCAUUCAGGGAGACGCGGACCUUUCCUCCAACAACAAUUACUCAAUCUCGCCACUCCACUGCGCUUCGCAUGCGGGAAACAGCGGCCUCGUCAAAAUGUUUCUCGAGAAGGUUCUAAAGGGCGAAAUUGAUGUUAACAGCAAAUGGUUUGGCACCCCUUUGUAUGCGGCUUCAUUUCGCGGCCACAUCGAAGUAGUUCGAAUACUACUCGAGGCUGGAGCAGAUACAAAUGUUGAUUGGUAUGGGCAAACUCCACUUGAAGCUGCACAAGAGGGAGACCAUAAUGAGGUGGUUAGACUGCUUUUGGAACAUCGAAAAGUUGAAGAGGAGAACGACUUGUCCACUGUCUCUACUUAG